CGAGAGGAGAAGGAAAAUGUUCUCCUCAGUCCUUUGUAGGAUGAUUUUCUGGAUUGAACCUUCACUUAUUGGUUAUAUCAAUUCAUAAAUAAUGUCGAAGAAAAUUAUUUUACCGCCUUUGCCAAAAAUAUCUGACAUUUUACGAAUUUAUGGCGUUCGCGCGAAGAAACAUUUGAGUCAGAAUUUCAUACUUGAUCAAAAUAUUACAGAUAAAAUAGUUUCAAAAGCAGAUGUUUAUGACUGUUUUGUAUGUGAAGUUGGCUCUGGUCCAGGGUCCCUCACUCGCUCUGUUUUACAUGUUGGUGCUAGACAGGUUGCAGCUGUUGAGAUAGACCAAAGAUUUAUUCCAGCUCUUGAGCAUUAUGGAUAUUCCAGUCAUUACACACCCUUUCUUUUGCGCACAAACCAGUUCUUUGGAGCUUGCUAUAUGAAGUUUGUAAAACAAUGAAUAUAUCAAAUCUGAAAACCUCAAUGUAUUUUUUUGUUAUUUUAAAUUUGAAUUUCGUUCUGAACGUUCAUUUCUCGAGUGAAUCGCGUACAUCAGUGAAAAAAUUUAAGCUUCUAACUCGGAAGAAGGAUGUAAGGACGGAACAAUUAGUCAGUUCAAAGGAAAGGUACAAAUUGUUGUCUUGGAACUUCGGUGGUCACACGAGCAAAAAGUUCAAACGAGAUGUCGAGAAUUCACAAAAUUACACCAUCACAAACAUCACUGGUGAAUGUCAAAUAGCAGAGCUUUCAUGUCGUGGUUGUUGUUCCAAUGAUUGUAAAUCAUCUUACUGUCGAUGUGAUUCGUCAUGUUCUUUCUUUGGUGAUUGUUGUAAUGAUUAUGAAAGAUAUUGUGUAAAAGAACAACAUCCACUCAUCAGAAAUGUCUCUUUAGUUUCGUGUAUUCUUCCUAAACAUGUGAUUAUGAAGAAUGCCAGAGAAAUGAAGACAGAUAUAUAUUCCUUGAUAGUCAACAAAUGUCCAUCAAAAGAACACGAACUUUUAGAUAAAUGUCUAACUGCAAAUGAUGUGAAUUUAACUGUUAGCAAUCUUCGUCGGACUAUUCCUGUUGUAAGUAAACAUAAUGUCACUUACAGAAAUGAAUUUUGUGCCAAAUGCAACGGUGUCCACUUCUUUGAAUAUUACGGAUUUGACAUGAAGUGUAGCGUUGUUCCUCCUUCCUUUCGUUCACUUAAAGAUCUUGAAAAAUUUGCUUCAAGAUAUUGUUCAACGAAAGACGAUUUGAGGAUUUUUAGAAAGGAGAACCAGCCACUUCGUGACUGUCAGAAAUCUACGAACGAAAUUUGCUCAAUAUUAAGUUAUGAACCUGCUAAAUUUAUUCCCUGUGGUCACAGUUGCCGCAAGCGGACAGAUAGUGGAGUUAUAGCAAGGCCAUACGUAUAUAUUUUAAGAUCUUUUAAACAAUUUACAGUUCGUCUGGAUUUUUCUCGUGGCGAACCUAUGGUUGAAGUAGAAGAAGCAAGAUGUGCAGGAUUUUAUGAUCCAUAUUUGGAAACUUGUCGUAAAGGAAAGGUCGUGACUUUCAGCGAUAAAGAAAAUUUAGAUAUAUAUGAUGUUGCUGUUUGGCUUGAUUACGGUGAACUUGAUAAAUACGUAAGUUUAUACGUUGAUGAUCUUAUAAUGAUUAACGGCAGUUCUGGCGUUGCAAAGAUUUUCCAACUUAAUGCUUCUCAUGUUCAUGACGUGGAAUAUGAGCCCGUUGAUUCAUUAUACGAUGGACGCAAGUACAGAGUUUUUAGUUUCAAAGUCGAGCUGACUCCUGAACAAUCUUUAGGUUUUGCAAGAUAUAGCACUUCUAAAAAAUCCAAUCUCUUUAAUUCUUCAUUCCGUGCGAACAAGUCCAGUAUUUACAUCAUUAAAAAACUUCUCUUUUUCACACAAGAUUUUAACGUGACAGUUACAGUGUGGAAAAAUUUUCGUUUUUUAAAAGAAGGUACAACCUUUUCACUGACAGUAUUUAAGACAACCUCUCGUCGACUGGCGUGUAUUCGAAAGCAAUUCUAUCUUAAAGACGCUUAUAAAACAACUGAAAAUGGUGAAUUCUAUAUUAUCAACGCAACAGGUAAAACAUAUGCAAAGAAAGAUGUGUUUGUUGAACCUGAUAACCAUACAAUUUCCUUGUGUGAAGAGAUUGUACACUCGUCUUGUUAUGGAAGAAGAUUAAAUCUUUCUUCGGAAGAAUACGCAAAGUUUAAGAAUCUGAGUAUAUUUUAUAACCGCACACAAAAGAUGUAUGAUUUUGGUGAAUAUGAUAUAAGAAAUAGAGAAAUCUUUAUUUGUAUUUCUGACGGUUUGCAAAAUAAGACCAGAAUCAUUAAUUGGACAUCUGAUUCUUCAACAACCGUCAGAGGAUACUUAAAUGUCUAUUGCCUUAUUAUUCCAAUAGUUUCGUUAUUCCUGGUUAUCAUCACUCAUUUUUUAUUUCCUGAGCUACGUAAUCUACCUGGUAAGAACGUCAUGAAUUUAUCGAUAUCGCUCUUUCUUGCUCAGUUGUUUCCGCUCCUACCAAACAUGGACAAUCACGUGUUGUGUCACGUGAUGGCUGCCCUGAGACAGUACUUACCUCGUAUCAUUUGUCACCAUGGCAACGAUUGCGUGGACACUCUUAAGACAUUCGUCAGCAAAACGGUAGCAAAGAAGCGCUCAAAAAGUGAAGAAAACAAGAAAUUCUUUAAAUGUGUGGCAUUCACGUGGUCUCUUCCCGCUUUCUUUGUGAUCAUAUGUGUUGUGUUGGAUCGCACUGACAGUUACGCUGUUUAUGAUAAGGAGUUGAUGUGUUGGUUUGAUAACGAGCAUGCUCUAAAUUAUCUAUUUGUGCUUCCAGUUGGCAUCAUUCUACUUUUCAACGUGGUAGUUUUUUCCCUCACUGUAUACCACAUUCAACGCACUCGUUCUGAUACCACAAUUCUUCGUCAUGAUAAAAGGCGAGAUCGCAACAUGCUUUGGAUUUAUGUCAAAAUCUCGUCCUUAAUGGGCUUCGCUUGGUUAUUUGGUUUUCUUUAUCUGCUCGUUGAUUCUCUUAUUUUAUUGUACCUGUUCAGCAUCUCUGCUUCCCUAGAAGGUGUCUAUAUUGCUGUCGCAUUUGUGAUGAAGAAAAGUAUCUGGCAGAAGUAUAAACAACUGUUUCAUUGUGAAAAUUGGUUUAACAGAAACAGUAAAAACACAUCAUUACAGAAUGCAAAUGACACCACUCAAACAAUACUUUGAGACAAAUUAUUUCUUGUGUGUUUAGAUACAUGGUCAAUGUUUUGAUCAUUACUAUUGAUGACCUGACCGAUAAUCUUUAAGUAUCUGGCAUGAUAUUGAUUCUGCAUUCUGCAGUUUCAUGUACUUGUUGUAAAAUCUUUUUAUGAGAUCAACGUUAAUUAGUUUCAAAGUUUUGAGAACAUAGCAUUCAUAAGACGCUCAAUUGGACAAAAAAUUAUCCGUUCCUCACCUACCUCGUUUACCAUUUCUCCAGUACUUCGUGGGUUUUUAGCAAAUAUUUUGUUUUGGUAACUUUCCUUUCUAAGUGGGAUUUUUUCAAGUAUAGGAAGCUUGAUAUGAUACAGUAGAAAGUAGCGUGGACUAGCCAUUAAAAUAUCACACUCGCACGAGUCCUUGUUGUGUCAAGCGAGUCGAAGUCUAGUCUUAAGGCAGUUUUCAUGAGGAAAAUUGAAAUUAGAAUUACGAUAGUCAGCCUUUGUUAAGCACUGUGAAUUAAUACAAAUUGUAAUGAAUGUUUAAAUAAAGUUUCAGUCUCAA